CUUUAUUUGUAAAAGAAAAAAAAUAUGGAAAAUCUUUCAACCCAAGAAGAAAGAGAACAGUUCAUUGACGAGUUUUUAGAUAAAGUAAACAUUGAGGAGAACAGUAAUGAACUAUUGGAGGAAGAUGAAGAUGGACAACAAAUAGAAGAAGAUAUCGCGUAUGUACCUACUGGUUUAGCUACUCCUGUUAGUGUCAUACAAAAAAAUAAAACAGAGCAACAAAAGGAGAAGAAGAAGAAGAAGAAGAAGAAGUCAAAGACUAGUAAUUUGCCAGAGGCAGGUUCUGAAUUACCUGAUGACUAUGUUGAAAAACAUCCUGAAGAUCUUAUUGAUGAUCCUUAUGAUCCUGAAAACCCAUUAUCACAGAGAGUUGAAUAUGCUAUUUGGAAAUAUCGUAAAAAUCAUAAAUUUACUGAUGAAAGAAGAUCUAUAUUUGACAAUUAUCUUAGAUUUGGUGGUAUUAAGACAGGUCCUAACAUGUUCUUGGGUCGUGCUACAAGCGCAGAUGCGCCAGAUGACCCGGAUGCAGCCAUUGACUUUGAAGCAGCUAAAACAGCUAUAGAUAGUGUUCCUGAUGAAUUAGAAGAAGGCAUGGAAGUUAAUUUUACUGAAGUGGCCCAAGUUUAUCUGGGUAAUACAUUCAUUCGUGAAAGUCGGUUUAUCUCUUUACAGAAUUUUAUUGAUGCACCUAAUUUAAUUGAUGCAUUUUUAAGAUAUCUUCAAAUUAGACGUGUUGCGCCUGAAUAUGAAGAAGAUAUUGCAAAUGCUCGUGCUAUUUGUGCUCAAGCUAAAAUUCAGUUACCAAUGUGUAAGAAAGUGAGUAGUUUGCUACCUGGUAAAUAUAAUACAGCCUGUGCAGAUGUAUUCGGCGCUUUAGACUCAGAAAUGGAUGUCUCUUGGAUGACUGAAACUACAUUGAAAAUUCAAAAGCAAUUUAUGUCCUUUGUAUCAGAGAAGCUUGGAUCAAAUGAAGAAGCGAAAAAGAUUGUUCAAUCUCGCAUUAAAAAUUUCGAUAGUGUAAAAUUAUUAGAAACUCAAGAUUGGGUCUUUGUUCAAGUGUCUGAAAUUUCUCCUUAUAAUGAAGAAACUGGUCCUGAUGAUUUAGUUCAAGUAAUUCUUAAAAAUUGUGAAGAUACCCAAGAUACUUAUAGUGUUUUAUUGGAAAAAAAAAUUGUCGAGAAUUUGAUGGUUGGUAUGGUUGCAAGAGUAACAUUGUGUAAAUUGAGUAAUGGUGAAUGGUAUCUGCAGAGCGCUACUCGUAUUAUGCCAACCUUUUACAUGGAAGAUGACUGUAUGACAGAAGAGGAUUAUGACUAUUAAUUUCUUUUUCUUAAAAAAAAAAGAAAAGAAAAGAGUAAAGAAAAUACUAUAAAAAUUUUAUUUUAUUUUUUU